AUGACCGAAGUGCAAGUCGACCAAGCUCUCUUCUCCCAAUCCGCCGGUAAAACAGUCUUGAUAACGGGUGCUGCACGCGGAAUCGGAGCUGCAAGCGCGGUCCUAUUCAACUCCCACGGUGCCAAUGUCGUUAUCGCUGACCUCCCCCAAUUGCAAAACAGCGCCGAGGAUGUCAUACAGAAACAGAUGAAAUUCUCAAACCGCGCAAUAUUCGUAUCUACCGAUAUUGUCAACUGGGCAGAGCUAACAGCAUGCUUCGAGGAGGCGAUCGCCACCUUCGGCAAGGUCGACAUUGUCAUAGCCAACGCGGGUAUCAUGGAGUCCGAGUCUGUCCUGGAUAUGAACAACGUGGAUGCGAAUGGACGUCUUCUCGAGAGCCUGGAAGCGGGGAGGGUUAUUGAUGUCAAUCUCAAGGGAACAUUGAACAGGCGCUCGUACACUGACAACGUGCCUAUCCAUCUAUAUCAAACAGCUCUCCGCUUGGGAUUACACUAUACGAAGUCCUCCACAUCAACCACUACAGACCACCAACCGACAAAGUCAAUCUUACUAGUUGCAUCCACAUCGAGUUAUUUCGGCGGAACAGGUGUAGCCGCCUACAUCGCGUCGAAGCACGGCGUACUAGGUCUCCUACGGGCGUGUCAGGAUGUUGCGCGCUCACACGGCGUCCGGGUUAAUGCUGUCGCGCCAUUUUUGACACCGACUCAUAUCACGGCGGGCUUUGCGCGCAAGUGGGAUGAGGCGGGUCUUGAGAAGAAUACUCCGGAACGAGUUGCGGAUGCUAUUGCGGUUGUGGCUUUGGAUGAAGAGCGGAAGGGGAAUUGUGUUUUGGUUGCUGGUAAAUAUCUUCGCGAGCUUGAAGAGCCCAGGGCAAGACUCUUGCCUUCGUGGCUGGGGGCGGAUCUUACGGAGUUUAUGGGUCAGGCUAUGCGGUUCUUUGUUAGUAUUGGCGGAUAUGUUUUGCCUAAGAAGUAUUAG